CUCGGUCGACCUGGCCGAGGCCGCCGAGCCCAGACUGGCAGAAGUGAUGCCGGUCGACCUGCCCGAAUCCGGCGGGUCGGUUGACUUUGCGCCAGGCGGCACCAGUUCCGGGCUCGAGUCGGUCCACGGCUUGUCGGAGUAUGAGAUGGCCGGUGGGGUCCUGUUCGCCGGGGCAGGGCAGAAAUGCCAUCCCAACGAGGCGGUGGGCAAGUCGGCCGACAACGUCGAGUCCGAGGACAGUGACAUCAGCCCCAGCUGUCUGCGCCUCCUCGCGUCGCCCUGUCCCGGACCCGUACUCCUCUCCUGCAACCUUCACAAGACCUUCGAAUGGCUGCCUUCGCGAGGAGACCAACAAGAGGCUGUCUUGGCUACGGCCAAUCUGGAACGGACUGCUUCGGCUAUUGCCGCCUCAACCGACAUGUCCUCUUGCGACUUUGCGCCCAAUUUCUCAUGUAAACUCACCUCCACUCCCUUCUCCGUCUCCUCCUCCGCUGCCUCUUCUUCCGCGCCUUCGCCUUCGCCUUCUUCUUCUUCUUCUUCUUCUUCUUCUUCUUCUUCUUCUUCUUCUUCUUCUACUUCUUCUUCUUCGUCUUUUUCCUCCAUCUCCUCCGGAGCCUUGGCCACUUGGCUUCCGGCGCACUACUCGGCCUCCGGUUCGAGCCCCGACUACGCGUCUACCGGUGUCGCGCAUCUCCAACCGGUUGCCAUGCCGACAAGACUGUCCGUCUCCGGGUUCAAGGUGGCCGGAUGGUACGAGUCCCGAGGCGACUGGCAGGUCGACAGUGACGACGCCUUUUUGGCCGCCUCCGAAGAGGCAGUCGAGCACAGACUUGGCUGCCUCGGAGGCCUGGCAACAGGCGGAGAAUACAAAUCCGACCAACAGAGCCUUUGGUCGCGUUGCCAGACCGACGGCAAUCUUGCCGCCUCGAGACAGUCCGAAGCGGCCUACCCGCUGGAGACACUGACGUCCGGCCUGUUGACGGCAGAUGGGCUCGGCAUUGACGGACUCGGCCUCGACGAGUCCUUUUCGCGGGACGCGCUCGACUCGGUCGUCUUCCCGACCACCGACGACUGUCUCGAGGCGAUCCGGUUACAGGCGCCCCGUCGUCUCGAGGUGGCCCGAAUCGCCUGCGACCUCGCCGCCACCGCCGGUCUCUCCGACUGCCAAGCCCACCACCUCGACGCCAAAGUCGACGUCGACGUCAACGUCGACGCCAACGUCGACGACGAAGCCGACGUCAAAGUGAACGUCGACUCCGGCGCUCAAGCUCAGGUCGACAUUGACGCCGAGAUUGUCGAACCUCAUGUCGCCUACUCUUCCUCCUCGUCAGCGUCGUCAUCGUCGCUACUACCGUUGCCGUUGCCGUUGCCGUUGCCGUUGCCGUCGCCGUCGCCGUUGUCGUUGCCGGCGAUUCAAACCGUCUCGCCGACCUCUUCGGCUUUGGGCUACGCGCCUGGCGGCGAGGCUGUCUGCGAGACAGCCGAGACAGUCUGUCUCCGGAGCAACGGCGGUCUGCGAAAUCCCAGUCGAUGGACGUCGAUCCCGCGUUCUCAGGCGCCCUACCUCUCGUGGAACCUCGACUCCUACCUCACCCUCACACUGGCCCCUUCCCCGCCCCCCUCGGCUCUCGUCUAUCCCGACCCCUCGCCGCCUCUGUCGGCCGCCGCUGCCUCGAGACUCGCCUGUUGCCAUUGCCCACCAACAAGUCCCGAUCUCGGUGCCGUCGAGGCGCCUCGACGACUGGCCGAACUGACUCCGGCGCCCCGACGACCCAAUAUUGCCCAACCGGCACAGCCCGUCUGCCAUUGGCAGCCGAUGCUGCGGCCAAUGGGCGCACAUUUUCAACUUCACACCCCGCCUCACACCCCCCUCAGCCACAUCCGGUCGCCAUUCGCCCCUUCCUCCCCUCAUGCCACCGGCCACCUCCCCCCUCCUGUGCCGCCGGGCUGUUGCGAUUGCCCAACACCUUCCGCUCUUUUCCCGCCUGACCGGCCCGCCCCAGCAACGGCGAGACGACGACUCCCUUCCGGACCGUUCACUCGACAACUCGACCAGCCCGGCUUCCUGCGCUCUCUUCCAACUCACUCCUCCUCCGCCUCCUCCUCCUCUCUUUCCCCUGCCCCCUCCAGCUCCUCCUCGUCUUCGUCUCCUACGCCCCCAACAGCCGCCGCCUCUUUUUCACUCCCCACCCUUUGCAGCUCACACUCGUCCUCCACCUCGUCUUCUCCUUCCUCUCCCUCCGCCUCCUCUUCC